UUCCCUCUGGGAACUCACAGGACUCGACAUCAAUUUCGUAUCGGAUUGAUCUAGAUUUUAAUGACCAGAAGCUGAUGUGCUAUUUGGCUACUCAUGGCACCUGUCUAAGCGUGCAUAUAUAAUAACACCCUUACUCUGAGAAGGGCUUCAGUUACGCCUGAUCCCGUUUUCUGAAAUUCCACCCUUUCAAUAGGCAGGAUGGAAGAUCGUCGCUCAAGAAGCCGCUCACCAAGCAGAAGGGAUAAUCAAGACAGGCAGAGGCCUCGAAAAACCGGUGGAGGAUUUCGAUGCGCCUAGAGCGAGGCUACAGAGAGAGAGACCGAGCUCGUUCACCGCGAAGGGAUACCGCCCCUGAUCGAUAUUCAGACAGAUUUAGAGAUAAUGGUCGUGACCGUGACCGUGACAGAGACCGUGACCGUGAUUAUGACCAACGACGUUACGACGAUCGAGAUGGACGGCCCCGUGGAUCGGAUGACAAAGACAAGAACGAGGAGCGCAAAGAAAAGAAGGAGAAGAAGGAGAAGAAAAAGGCCGCAGCUGCUGCCUCUUCAGAGCCUCUGAUCGUUGUUCAUGUCAAUGAUCGACUCGGAACCAAGGCUGCAAUUCCGUGCCUCGCAUCUGACCCGAUCCGGCUCUUCAAGGCUCAGGUAGCUGCCCGUAUCGGGCGUGAGCCUCACGAGAUUUUACUCAAACGGCAAGGCGAACGACCUUUCAAGGACCAGCUUACAUUGAGUGAUUAUGGAGUUAGCAACGGUGUGCAGCUUGAUCUGGAGGUCGGGACCGGCGAAUAGGAUUGAUCAUACACAACAUAAAAGUGACAAAUUGACAGCCUAUUAUGGAAGCCAUUCCAAUCUAUUCAAUAUGGUGUGGAUGCAUGUUUAUGUCAACCAUAUGCAGGAUUUUGCUGUUGAAGACAGCUAUACUAACUGGCCUCUUGGUGUCUUUUUGGAGUUCUCAUG